GAGGAGGCGGGGCGCCGGGGCAGCGGGGACCCCCCCCAACCUUCCUCGUCCCCUCCCCCUCCUCCCCCACUGUCGGCGCUUCCCCCACCCCCCCCCAGGACCCCCCCCUGCCUCCCAGCCGUGCAAAUCUCGCGAGGAAACACGCGGUUUCACUAGUGUGUUUACACCGAUCACUACUAAUCCGGACCGAACCGAUCCGGAUUAAGGGGCCGGAGGCGGGUCCUGGGCACCAGCGGUUCCGACCCCCCCCGCCCUCCGCGCCGCACCCGAGUGGCCCCCAGCCGAGCGGGCCCCCACCUCCUGGCCCGGCCUGGGCCCUCCUGCGCCUCCCUUGGCCUUUGUCCGGCGCCAGGAGGCCGGUCCCGCGCCCCCCGCGGCCGCCCGGGCCCGGGCCCGCGUCGGGCGCCUGGCUCUGUACGCGAGCCCGGGGAUCUGCGGCCUUCGUGCCCCCCCUCCCCCGCCCGCCCUCUCGUGGAGCCGGGCGCCGGCGGCGGCUGCCCGGGCGGGGGGUUGCGGCGUUCAGGAGAGGCCCCGGCUCCGCCCCGGGCCUGCCCAGGGGGAGAGCGGAGCGGCCCGCAGCCGGGUCGGGUCGGGGCCCCUCCCGGGAGGAGCGUGGAGCGGCGGCGGCGGCGGCAGUAGAAAUGAUGGAAGAAUUGCAUAGCCUGGACCCACGACGGCAGGAAUUAUUGGAGGCCAGGUUUACUGGAGUAGGUGUUAGUAAGGGACCACUUAAUAGUGAGUCUUCCAACCAGAGUUUGUGUAGCGUGGGAUCCUUGAGUGAUAAAGAAGUAGAGACUCCCGAGAAAAAGCAGAAUGACCAGCGAAAUCGGAAAAGAAAAGCUGAACCAUAUGAAACUAGCCAAGGGAAAGGCACUCCUAGGGGACAUAAAAUUAGUGAUUACUUUGAGUUUGCUGGGGGAAGCGGGCCAGGAACCAGCCCUGGCAGAAGUGUUCCACCAGUUGCACGAUCCUCACCGCAACAUUCCUUAUCCAAUCCCUUACCGCGACGAGUAGAACAGCCCCUCUAUGGUUUAGAUGGCAGUGCUGCAAAGGAGGCAACGGAGGAGCAGUCUGCUCUGCCAACCCUCAUGUCAGUGAUGCUAGCAAAACCUCGGCUUGACACAGAGCAGCUGGCACAAAGGGGAGCUGGCCUCUGCUUCACUUUUGUUUCAGCUCAGCAAAACAGUCCCUCAUCUACAGGAUCUGGCAACACAGAGCAUUCCUGCAGCUCCCAAAAACAGAUCUCCAUCCAGCACAGACAGACCCAGUCCGACCUCACAAUAGAAAAAAUAUCUGCACUAGAAAACAGUAAGAAUUCUGACUUAGAGAAGAAGGAGGGAAGAAUAGAUGAUUUAUUAAGAGCCAACUGUGAUUUGAGACGGCAGAUUGAUGAACAGCAAAAGAUGCUAGAGAAAUACAAGGAACGAUUAAAUAGAUGUGUGACAAUGAGCAAGAAACUCCUUAUAGAAAAGUCAAAACAAGAGAAGAUGGCAUGUAGAGAUAAGAGCAUGCAAGACCGCUUGAGAUUGGGCCACUUUACUACUGUCCGACAUGGGGCCUCAUUUACUGAACAGUGGACAGAUGGUUAUGCUUUUCAGAAUCUUAUCAAGCAACAGGAAAGGAUAAAUUCACAGAGGGAAGAGAUAGAAAGACAACGGAAAAUGUUAGCAAAGCGGAAACCUCCUGCCAUGGGUCAGGCCCCUCCUGCAACCAAUGAGCAAAAACAGCGGAAAAGCAAGACCAAUGGAGCUGAAAAUGAAACGUUAACAUUAGCAGAAUACCAUGAACAAGAAGAAAUCUUCAAACUCAGAUUAGGUCAUCUUAAAAAGGAGGAAGCAGAGAUCCAGGCAGAGCUGGAGAGGCUAGAAAGGGUUAGAAAUCUACAUAUCAGGGAACUAAAAAGGAUACAUAAUGAAGAUAAUUCACAAUUUAAAGAUCAUCCAACGCUAAAUGACAGAUAUUUGUUGUUACAUCUUUUGGGUAGAGGAGGUUUCAGUGAAGUUUACAAGGCAUUUGAUCUAACAGAGCAAAGAUACGUAGCUGUGAAAAUUCACCAGUUAAAUAAAAACUGGAGAGAUGAGAAAAAGGAGAAUUACCACAAGCAUGCAUGUAGGGAAUACCGGAUUCAUAAAGAACUGGAUCAUCCCAGAAUAGUUAAGCUGUAUGAUUACUUUUCACUGGAUACUGACUCGUUUUGUACAGUAUUAGAAUACUGUGAGGGAAAUGAUCUGGACUUCUACCUGAAACAGCACAAAUUAAUGUCGGAGAAAGAGGCCCGGUCCAUUAUCAUGCAGAUUGUGAAUGCUUUAAAGUACUUAAAUGAAAUAAAACCUCCCAUCAUACACUAUGACCUCAAACCAGGUAAUAUUCUUUUAGUAAAUGGUACAGCGUGUGGAGAGAUAAAAAUUACAGAUUUUGGUCUUUCGAAGAUCAUGGAUGAUGAUAGCUACAAUUCAGUGGAUGGCAUGGAGCUAACAUCACAAGGUGCUGGUACUUAUUGGUAUUUACCACCAGAGUGUUUUGUGGUUGGGAAAGAACCACCAAAGAUCUCAAAUAAAGUUGAUGUGUGGUCAGUGGGUGUGAUCUUCUAUCAGUGUCUUUAUGGAAGGAAGCCUUUUGGCCAUAACCAGUCUCAGCAAGACAUCCUACAAGAGAAUACGAUUCUUAAAGCUACUGAAGUGCAGUUCCCGCCAAAGCCAGUAGUAACACCUGAAGCAAAGGCGUUUAUUCGACGAUGCUUGGCCUACCGAAAGGAGGACCGCAUUGAUGUCCAGCAGCUGGCCUGUGAUCCCUACUUGUUGCCUCACAUCCGAAAGUCAGUCUCUACGAGUAGCCCUGCUGGAGCUGCUAUUGCAUCAACCUCUGGGGCGUCCAAUAACAGUUCUUCUAAUUGAGACAGACUCCAAGGCCACAAACUGUUCAACACACACAAAGUGGACAAAUGGCAUUCAGCAGCGGGUUUGGAACAUAGCGAAUCCGAAUGGAUCUGAUGAAACCUGUACCAGGUGCUUUUAUUUUCUUGCUUUUUUCCCAUCCAUAGAGCAUGACAGCAUCGAUUCUCAUUGAGGAGAAACCUUGGGCAGCUCCGGCCAGGCCUCAUAGGAAAAGGCCCCGCCCGAGGUUCCGGCGUCAACGGCCACUGUGUGUGGCUGCUCUGAGUGAGGAAAAAAUUAAAAAGAAAAACUGGUUCCAUGUACUGUGAACUUGAAAACAUGCAGACUCAGGGGGGUCCCUGAUGCAGUGCUUCAGAUGAAGAAUGUGGACUUGAAAAUACAGACUGGGCUAGUCCAGUGUCUAUAUUUAAACUUGUUCUUUUCUUUUAAUAAAGUUUAGGUAACAUCUCCUGAAAAGCUUGUAGCACAAAGGCUCAGCUGGGGAUGGUGUUUGACUUCGGAGGAAAAAAGUUGCUAUUGCCCGUUAAAGGCACUAGAGUUAGUGUUUUAUCCCUAAAUAAUUUCAAUUUUUAAAAACAUGCAGCUUCCCUCUCCCCUUUUUUAUUUUUGAAAGAAUACAUUUGGUCAUAAAGUGAAACCCGUAUUAGCAAGUACGUGGCAAUGUUCAUUCCAAUCAGAUGCAGCUUUCUCCUCCGUCUGGUCUCCUGUCUGCAAUUGCUUCCCUCAUCUCAGUAGGGAAAAAAUUGAGUGGGAGUACUGAGAUGUGUGGGGGUUUGCCAUUGGACAAAGAAUGAGGUUAGAAGACUGCAGCUUGGAGUCUCUCUAGGUUUUCAACUAUUUCUUCACAAUUUGAACACUUGACGGUUGUCCCUUUUAAUUUAUUUGAAGUGCUAUUUUUUUAAAUAAAGGUUCAUCUGUCCAUGCAGUCCUCUUGGAUUCUCUGAAUGUAGUAACUAUGAAGCUAUGCCAAAGGUAGGCAGAAGAUGGGCUUGGGAGCCAGACACUCCAGGGAUCAGUAGUUCCUACCCACAGUCUUUGUGUGCUUGCUAAAUGGUGUACAUUUCUUGUUAACCAUGUUAUUAAAACUUGAUCAGCAUAUAAGCUUUCUUCUGUUAGAUCUUUUGGCAGCAAACAACCUUCCCCCCAAGCCUCUGAAUUUUGUGGGUGUGUGGUGGUGUGUGUCUCUGUGUGUAUGUACACACAUUGUCUAACUCACUUUAAAAAAUUCAUCAAAUGGAAUUUUAAAAACCAUCUCAAAAGAAAUAGGCAUUUCAGGCCUGGCGUGGUGGCUCACGCUUGUAAUCCCAGCACUUUGGGAGGCCAAAGUGGGUGGAUCACGAGGUCAGGAGUUCGAGACCAAGAGUUCUUCACCAUGUCAACAUGGUGAAACCCACCCCAUCCCUACUAAAAAAACAAAAAUUAGCCUGGUGUGGUGGCAUGCACCUUGUCCCAGUUACCCGGGAGGCUGAGGCAGAAGAAUUUCUGGAACACAGGAGGCAGAGGUUGCAGUGAGCCGAGAUGGUACCACUGCACUCCAGCCUGGGCGACAGAGUGAGACUCUGUCUCAGGAAAAAAAAAAAAAAAAAAAGGAGAAAUAGGCGUUUCAAAUAUGAAGAUUCUUUUGGCACCAAUUUUCUUUUUUAAUUUGGUUGUUUCUGAGAUGUAUGAUCAACUGAAGAUGGAGCUGAAAUGGGAGCCGGGUGGCCCCACCGUGCCCUUGAAACAGCAGAGCACUCUUCAGUAGAGAGGAAGGGAGCCAGAGCCUGAACAUGUGGUCGCCAGCUUGGAAUGUUACUGACAUAUGUGGCGAGAGGGCUCAGCCAGAAAUAUUUAAAGAUGUAGUAUUCCGGCCUGCAAGUUCUCUGGGCAGGGAGGGGGAGUCAGAAAGGGUAGAGAGCUCUCAAAUAACUCAUGACUCUAGUGUUCCUUUCACAUGUGAACAGUGUCACUGGUGACACAUUUUCUAGGACCUUUGUUUGUUUUGUGGACCUGCCUCAGUCUCCUCGUAUCAGGCGAUCUUAAGGGAAGAUGGAGUGUUUCAAAUUGGAGAGAAGUUCUUGGGUAGGUAUUGUCCUGUGGAAUUCUGAAUGCAAGGAAGUCAGCCCCAGAGGCCUUGGUGCCCCCAGCUUUCUAAAACUACUUUAUUACAAUUUAUAUGUAUAUACACAUCACAUAUAAACGUGUGCAUUUAUAUAUGAGUGUAUAGUACCUUUUUAAAAAAACAUUUCCUUCAAGCUGCUAAGAAAAGAGUCUCACAGGUUGAGCACAGUGCUGAGAGGAUGGUGUCUGCAUAAUGAAGACAUGGAUGAAGCCGAGACCAUGUUAAACUUACUGAAAACAAUGAAGUUCUAUUCCUUUUUUUCUCCCUCUCCAAUGACCUUGUAGUUGAUUUCUGUUUGUUUUUAAAUUUUUUAACAUUUUUUUUUUAAUGUUGAGAAAAUGCUGCAUCUUUCUUCAAGGCUUCCCAGUAACUUCCUGCUUUCUUUUUCCCUGUGGGCUUUUAAGUGAAGCUGCAGGAUUUUAUGUGUCAAUCUGCCCUUUCUACCCUUAUCCUAUUGAAAGGAUGCCCUCUUCCCUUGCUUUUGGUCUAGGGCCUGGUUGGAGCUAACUAGGCUUGGCUGAGUCUGGGCAAGACCUCCUUUCGUUGCAUGGACAGGCAGGCCCCAGAGAACAUGCAGAACAUUGACCUUUCCAUUGACUGUCUUUCAAGCAGCCAGUGAAAUCACUAAGUGGGGUUCUUCCAUGACAUAUUUUGUUAAUAUGGGUUUCACUUUUUCCAAUAGUCCCUUGUUGCCCCAAUGUUGAUUUACUUUACACAAUGACAGUAUGUAUUAAUUUGUAAUUAAACCCAUCCAGAUUGUUUUAGCCUUUUCCCAGUGGGGUGGGGGAGGGAAGAAGGAUAUUAAAAUCAGUUUUAAGAAGUA